UUCUUUUAAUUAUUAUCAGAAUUGAUUAAUAGCUACACCCAAUGCCAUGGGAAUUCCAAAGUGUAGCUUUUGGCAGUACUACCCAAUCGAUAAUUGAUGGCUACAAAGUCAACAAGUGCAAUAUCUGUUGUUACUGGAAUAGGACCAUAACCAAGUAUUGGCUGCUGCUACACUACCAAUACUCUCUGUUUUUCUUUUGUUCGAGCGAAGCAGAAUCUCAACCAAAACUCUUGCCAAUUAUCUUUGAAUAUGGAAAAGCAAAACUUGCAAUUGCCAAAAGUGAAACUCGGGAAUCAAGGCUUACAGGUUUCCAGAUUAGGGUUAGGAUGUGCUGGACUUUCUGGGUUGCUGAAUGCUCCUCUCUCACAUGAAGAUGGAUGCUCUCUCAUAAAGGAGGCCUUUAAUAGAGGUGUCACCUUCAUUGAUACAGCUGAUAUCUAUGGCUUUCAUGAUAAUGAGAUUAUGGUUGGCAAGGCUUUGAAGCAGCUUCCUCGAGAAAAAGUUCAAUUGGCUACAAAAUUUGGAUUCUUCACGUUAGAGGAUGGCCAGUUUCAGGUUAAGGGGGACCCUGAAUACGUACGCAAAUGCUGCGAAGCCAGUCUCAAACGGCUCGAUGUUGACUAUAUCGAUCUGUAUUAUCAGCAUCGCGUCGAUACUUCAGUGCCAAUAGAGGAUACCGUGGGGGAGCUUAAAAAACUUGUCAAUGAAGGAAAAAUAAAAUAUAUUGGGUUAUCAGAAGCAAGUGCAGACACAAUAAGAAGGGCUCAUGCAGUUCAUCCCAUCACUGCCUUGCAGAUGGAAUAUUCUUUAUGGACCCGAGAUAUUGAAGAUGAGGUUUUUCCUCUCUGCAGAGAACUUGGUAUUGGGAUAGUGGCAUACAGUCCUCUUGGUGUUGGGUUCUUUGCCGGGAAGGCAGUUGUGGAAAGCCUGCCCAAUGAGAGUUUUCUGGCACAGGCACAUCCAAGAUUCAAAGAAGAGAAUGUAGAGAAGAACAAAGUCCUAUAUGUACGACUUGCCAACUUGGCUACAAAGCAUGGCUGCACCCCUCCUCAGCUAGCCCUGGCAUGGCUUCUCUAUCAAGGGGAUGAUAUAGUCCCAAUUCCUGGUACAACCAAAGUUAAGAACCUUGAUAACAACAUUGGAUCCUUGGCAGUGAAACUUACAAAAGAGGAUUUAGAAGAAAUUUCAAGUUCUGUGCAAGCUAAUGAAGUUAGUGGCUCAAGAGAAGUGCCUUUAAUAGCUAAAUACACAUGGAGGCUUGCAAAUACCCCACCAAAAAGUGCCAUGAAAGAGGAAAAAAUAAAGUACAUCGGCUUGUCUGAAGCAAGUGUAGACACUAUAAGAAGGGCACAUGCUGUUCAUCCCAUAACAGCUGUAGAAAUGGAGUACUCGUUGUGGGCUCGUGACAUCGAAGAGGACAUAAUUCCGAUCUGUAGAGAGCUUGGCAUUGGAAUUGUAGCAUAUAGCCCACUCGGUCGGGGAUUUCUUGCUGGGAAGGCAGUUGUAGAGAACUUGCCUGAGAAGAGUCUAUUGUUUAUACAUCCAAGAUUUACUGGAGAGAAUUUGGAGAAAAACAAACUCAGUUAUGCCCGUCUUGCGGAUCUUGCUGCAAAGCGUGCCUGCACUCCAGCUCAAUUAGCUCUAGCAUGGGUUCUCCACCAGGGCGAAGACAUAGUUCCAAUUCCUGGGACUACUAAAUUGAAGAACCUUGAAAACAAUAUCGGAUCCUUGACAGUGAAGCUGACAGAAGAGGAUCUGAAAGAAAUUUCUGAUGCUGUACCGAUUAAUGAAGUAGGAGGUCGAAGAGAAUACGAUAUGUUCGCUAAUUAUGUAUACAAGCUUGCAAAUACCCCAUACAAGUAACUGCAAUUCCGAAGACGCAGAUACAUUUUGGCAUAAAGAAGGACUAAUAACCUUUCUUAGGUGCCCUAAUAAAUGUUCUUUUGGAGCAUGAAUUUCUUACUAAGAUGACAUUAUUUUCUUUCA